UCAUCGGCUAGGUCACGGCCACACAGCAUCAGUUUUGGUUAUUUUUUUUCGUAAUUUUCAAUAAGUGCAGCAGCGUGUGUUGUACUUUUUUCAAUUCGCCUGGAAACGGUUUGAAUCUUGUUAGAUAGAAAUUUCAUUUCGUUGGCUGCUUAAGACAAGGUUUUCAUGGAUCGCAGCCUGGACUCUAUUGGCAGCUGUUCACUUGAUGCUUACGCCGACUCCACUGACAAAUCAGACACCAGCGGCAGCAUAAACUUCCCCACCCCGCUCUCAGUAAAAAAUAUCACCCACGAGUUCACUGUCAACUUUCGGGAACGCUGUGUUCUACGCUCGCCUCAGCAGCCGCAGCACACAACCUCCGCCUUUUUUGAUUCCGGGUCGGCGGAGCUGGUGCGUAUGGUACUGUCGCCUGAGUCUGUGGAGUCUGCUCGAGAGCCGAGCUCCUAUAUCAAUACUUCCGCUAGAAAUUCGCAAUCUACCGAUAAAAAGCCCAGCUAUUUGAACCUGGCCUGCUGCGUUAACGGCUAUUCCAACCUUACCACCUAUGAUUCUAAGGUCCGUCAGAAUAUAAACAAGUCACGUGAAGUUUCCCCGAUCCGUCCCUCCACCAGCAGUCUGCAUUUUUGCAAGCGCAGCCAUACCUUGGAUGCUCCAGUGCUGCACAGCAUGCCCUCUCCGACCAGGAAGGACAAAUCUGUUGAGUCCAACAAUAACAACGAUUACAAAGGUGUUAACAGAACGGAAUCUUUCCACGGCAAUGUAAAUGGUAGCUUUAUAAAGCAGCGAGUGGAACGUCUUUAUGGGCCGGGCGCACUGGCGCAGGGCUUCUACAGCCCCAAAAAACACGUGCCGUCGCCAUCUCAUGGGACAGGGCGGUCAUAUAUAAGACAGCGCGAGAUGGAAUCCCCACAGGACUCGGAAUUGGCACGGAAGGUCAAACAGCUUUCGCCUAGUAAGGACUACGGAGAGUUUCGAAAAAAACUGCGACUUAACUGCUUACAAAAUGCAACAGCUCGCUUGGCCGACCCUUUUCUUUCAGAUUCAAGCGGAGAUAUAGACCUGCCAGUUUUCAAGCACCUUAGCCUCGAGUUCCGAGCGCAAUUGCCUACUGUGUCACCCAAACGGGGCUCCGCUCGAUCUUGCAUCAUACCUGCGGUGCAGGGAUCUCAGUUGAGGCCAGAAUUUGGGACUAUUGAUGAAGUCAACCAUAAAAUUGAAAAAAAUCAUUCAGCAGCUGUCAAGGACGGAAACUACUUUCUACAAAUCCUAAAGGACGAACAAAUGCGACUGCUGGCGAUGGCUACUCUUGCUGAAAAAUAUUCAGACGCCUUGUCUACAAAUCCGGAUAUCACCGAGGAUACCUUUGGGCUAUUACGAUCGGCGUCGGGCAAGGCCCGCCUUCUGGUAACGCAGAAAAUGAAACAGUUCGAGGGCCUUUGCCACAACAAUCUAAAUCUCUCGCUGGAGGAUAAGUUUCCAACAACAGUUGACGAUUUACAAGGAUUCUGGGACAUGGUUUACUUACAGGUUGAACACUUGGAUUCUGUUUUCGCUGAUAUUGAGCAUUUGAAAGCAAAUGAGUGGAAGCGCGUGCCCGAGUCAGCCAAUAUUAACCCAGUAACCAGUAGGACGAUUAAAUCCGAAAAGAUUGGAGUCUUGCAAGUGAAAGCCACCGGAAAGACAAACCACGGUAUUGUAAAUGGCGCCAAGGAUCUUCCAUCAAAUUCGGCAGCAUCAUUAAAGCGCGAGGCGCAGAGAAAGCAGUUCCUGGAAAUGAAACGUCAGCGUCGUAAGGCUAUGGCUGCGGUGGCCACAGAUAUGCCGGCAACGAUCGGCGAUACUUGUGUUAGAUCUAAUGCGAAAGUUAAUAGUGGUCACUGCGAAUAAUAGCUUCACAUUUCUAGUUAUAGCUGUACUUUAAAUUAAUACUCACUCAAGCGUAAUGCACACAAGUAUAAUUAAACACUAUAACAAAUUCAUAUAUAUGCAUAGAAUUUCCUAGUUGAAUUAAUCCUUACCUAUCUCCAACUAAAGUGUACGUGGUGGAGCUCCCUAUCAUUACUUUAUAACUGUCCCAAGGUGUCACAAAUCUACAAGACAACCAUAGAAUGUGCUAUUACCAAAGCAAUUAAAGCACUUUUGCGUACUAUCAUUAAUAGCCACUUGCCGAAAAUUGUUUAUAAAAAUUGCGGUGAGACUUCGCCCGUAAUUGCUUUGAGUUACUUCACUAUAUUUGAAAGACAUUUAUUCUUAAGUAAUAAUAAUUUAAUUACAAUAAUACAUAAGUUUUUGUUUUAAAAUGAAUUUUUGCCAAAGUAAAAUAUCUAAAUUAUACGUGGGAUAUUUGGGAAUCUUAAAAUUUUGAAAAAUUAAAAGAUAAUUAAAAGAGAAACUAAAUAUAUAAUACUCAUCAGUUUAUUUAAAAUUUUUGUAAAAUCAAUUAUACUUUACUAUUGGUAAACACUUAUUUUGAAUUAAAUCUGCAAAGGAGAGGGCCGUUUAUGAAGUGCUGUA